AUGAAGCUCCUGUUUUGGAACAUUCGUGGUAUUAAGAAGGUUGCUGCUAAGGUAACCUUAUCUAAAAAUUUUCGUGAAAAUUCUCCUGAUCUAAUUUGUAUUGCAGAGCUUAUGAUCCCUGUGAACAAGUUUCCUAUGUUGUUUUUCAAUAAGCUCGGGUUUGCGUCAAAGUUAAUUCACAAUGAUAGGAAUGACUCGCAUCCCAACCUUUGGAUUUUGUGGAAGCAAAAUUUAAAGAAGCCAUUGGUAUUCUCCAUGUCGGAGCAACAUAUUUCUUUCCAACUUGAGUGGAAUGACAGAGUUCUUGAUCUUUCAGUGGUUCAUGCCAAGUGCCCACAAUUCAAGAUCCAAGAGAGGGGAACUAAAGUAGAUCAGAUGUAUGAUCAGAAUGGUCUUUUUGAUGGAGAAAAUACAGCAGAGGGCUUUUGUGAUUUUAAUGGUAAAUUAUGGUCAAAGAAAGAGGAUAUGAUUGGGCAGCAUAACUGUGAGCUCUUUCUUGACAGCUUGAGGUUGUUGUUGGGGGCUGCAGUUCAAAACCCCAAACUUUUUGAUGAUUUCAUUCUAUUUUUCCACAGGAAUAUAUGGUUUGAAGCUGCUACUGUUGUUGCCGUUGCACCGCCGGUGGAAAUCCCGGCUGGAAGUGUUCUGAAAUCUGCAUUGGCCGGAGGGCUUGCUUGUGCACUUUCCACUUCUCUAUUGCAUCCCGUCGAUACAAUGAAGACUCGAGUGCAAGCAUCAACACUUUCCUUCCCAGAACUUGUAUCAAAGCUCCCUCAAAUUGGAGUUAAAGGAUUGUAUCGGGGUUCCAUCCCGGCUAUUCUUGGUCAAUUUUCAAGCCAUGGAUUGCGAACUGGAGUCUUUGAAGCAAGCAAGCUUGUAUUAGUAAAUGUGGCUCCAACACUUCCAGAGAUUCAGGUGCAAUCUGUAGCAUCCUUCUGCAGUACAAUAUUGGGAACAGCAGUGCGGAUUCCUUGCGAGGUAUUGAAGCAGCGGUUGCAGGCUGGCAUUUUUAACAAUGUGGGUGAGGCAGUCGGUGGUACUUUGCGUCAAGAUGGUCUCAAGGGUUUUUUUCGGGGGACUGGUGCCACACUUUUCCGUGAAGUUCCUUUCUAUGUGGCUGGCAUGGGACUUUAUGCAGAGUCCAAAAAGGUUGCUCAGCAGCUCCUAAAGCGGGAUCUAGAGCCUUGGGAGACAAUUGUGGUUGGGGCUUUAUCUGGAGGGUUUGCUGCUGUUGUCACCACCCCUUUUGAUGUGAUGAAGACAAGGAUGAUGACCGCCCCCCAAGGUCUUCCAGUGUCAAUGUCAAUGGUGGUGUACUCCAUCCUCCAUCAGGAAGGGCCUCUUGGCCUGUUCAAGGGAGCACUACCCAGGUUCUUCUGGAUUGCACCUUUGGGUGCAAUGAAUUUUGCAGGCUAUGAGCUCGCAAAGAAGGCAAUGGACAAGACUGAGGAGGGGAUAGGUGAUCAACUUCCUCAAAAAGGCUGAUUACUUCUGGCUGAAAGUCUCUGGUACCAGGGGAAAACAUCAAUAUGUGAUACUGUCUUCUGGCUAUCUUUUGUGUGAGCCAUGAUGACUUUAUCUUUCCUGGCUUUAACAGCAUCAUAUGCUUUCCCUUUUAUCUGUCGACAUCUCAGCUCUCUUCAUUGAGACAUUGUAAUUUCUGAGAUAACUAGUUUCUCUCAAACUCUUUGUACUUUUACAAUGACGGCCUUGGAUGUAUUUUUGUGCUCUUUUUUGUGUAUUAAAAGGGGGCCCGAGCUUAUAACUGAAAGUCGGAAGUUAAAUACCGUAUAUUGACAGGAUGUUGUAGCAUUGUGUGAGCAGAUAAUGUCUGCAUUUUUGGUAAUCUUCCUAAUAUUUGUACAUUUAUGCAGUUGGUAAAAAAUUUUCAUGUUGGUCUUUAAA